GGUUAUGGGAAAGUCACCGUUUUGAAGCAUCCGACAGGAGGUUAAAUUAUUUAAAACAGAAAUGUGUAAACUAACUGGAAUUCGUGUACCAUAACUACGGUUUGGUUACUUAAAACAAACGCUUUUUGAGUGAUAAUUUCUGUGCUGCUUUCUGCUGAAGCGUGAUGUAUCCAGAGCAGCCCAGACCGGGCCCCGCCCCACAGAGACGGGCAGAUUCACCCUCCGGGGGCACGUGGAGCACCGGCCUACUGCAGGGCCUCCUCCAGAGCGCCAGGCCUCCUCCCUUCUGCUCCCUGCUCCCCAGGGUCCAUGCUGCUGAUGUGGCUGCUGCCCAGCCCGCACAGAUGCCCUCUUCCUCGUCCUCGUCCUCCUCUUCAACCAGUCCUCCACCCAUCCCCUCUCCCAGCGCCAUGUGGAGCAACAUGGGCAGGCCAGAAUUAGCAAACACGGGAUGGGGCCGCAUCAAAGACCUCUUUGAAAUGGAUGAGAAACACACGUACCCUGAGGAGCUGACCAGCGUGAUAAAGAGCGGGGUGGUGGGUGCCCUCGCCGGCCUGCUGUACGGAGGCGUGCCUGCAGCCCGCCACGCCAGGCAGAGCUACAUCCAGGUCAGCCAGGCAGAGCUCUACAGCAGCCGAGUGGAGGCAGUGCGCUCAGCCCAUAGUGCAGCAAUCCGAGGAUUUGUGAGAUAUGGAUGGAGAUGGAGCUGGAGAGUGGCUGCUUUCGUCACGUUAUUCAAUUCUGUCAGCACUGGGCUGUCCGUCUACCGGGACAAGAACGCAGUCAGCCAUUAUGUCGCAGCUGGAGCUGUGACUGGAGGUCUGUUCAGGCUGAACCUGGGCCCGGGGGGGCUGCUGGCAGGGACCCUCAUCGGAGUGGUACUGGGGUUGCCCACCGGCGCUCUGAUUGUUGGCAUGCGGUCGAUGGCAGGAGACAAUUCCAGAGACCAAAGGAGGAGAGAGCGCAGCGAACUGUACGAUCUUAAACUCGCAGAAUGGACGGACCGACUGAACGUGACAGAAGAACUGAUCGGAGAUCUGAACGUGGGCUCUCAGGCAGAGGAAGUCAAUACGGACAUGCAGAGGAUCCAGGAGCUGCUCAGUUUACCAAAGAACGAGGACGUGACUCAUGAAUCUCCCAGCCAAUGACAGUAGCUGCCUCACUGACUUCUCUGUUGAACAUUGAAGGUGGGACUUCACACAACUGGGAGGAGACAUUGGUCCCUUCUCUGUCUGGACUCUUAAACUGAAUGGAAACUGCUUCACAUCACCAACCACUGACCUGUGUACAUCUGUCUUUGUGAGGACCACAAGUCCUCAGAUAUUGGGAGUUGGCACAUUUUGGAAAGAUAACAUCUUUAAAUGGACUCCACAUCAUCUGGCUUUACUUUUCAAAGAUUACAUGUGCUAUUUCCAGUUGAUUUAACAUAUUACAGUAUUGAGUGACACAAAUAAUGAGAUUAAAAAUCACUAAAACAUCUUCAAAUAAAAUGAACAUAUAUUUACAUAGAUGUAUCGACCUGAACUGACCUUUCUGCCCAUUCAGUUAUUGUUCUAGUAGUAACUGACAAAUGUCCUUCAUUUCUGUCCAAAAAAUGGCUUCUGUAUUUUCCCCAUGUCUGUGUCUAUGUGUAGUUUGUUUCCAACUUUGCCUCUGGGGCUUUUCAGCAACUAGGUCAAACACAGCCGUGGCCCCUGGUGUAAACAAGAUGUGACACAGCAGCAGCUGGGGCCCGGGAUGCAGGGAGACUGCUCACAUGCAGAUGGGCAGCCAAUAGAAACAGCUUUGAUCCGUGGCAGGUAGGCUUGGACCUGAAACGUUGAAUUUGUCAAAGUAAACAUGGAAAGUUUAAACAUUUUAGACUCCUAUUUGGUUGAAUGGCAGUGUGUUUGCUAAUCUUUAAAAAAACACUUUGCUUAAAAUGGA